GUGGUUUACCUCAUAUUUGUGUCGAAAGUUUGAGAAAAUUUGGGCUGAAUGCUGAAGACCACAAUUUAGAUUUAUUUUUGAAGUAAUUUUUAUCUUCUAGUAGCAGAUUGCUAUUGGCACAGUCCUGCAGCUUAUGGAUGAGCUAAAAUAAUCACGUACAUAUCUGAGCUGUGGAAAAUUGUAUAUUGGAAAGUCUCUGAUUACUGGCUUUGCGCAAAAUAAUGCAUAGCCUUAUGGAUGGCAAUACUUUAAACUGUGCCACGAGCAGCGGAAGCAAUAAAGAACAAGGGAGCUUUGACAUAAAAACCACUGGAACUAUUUUAAAUGCAGUUCCCAAAGGUCAAAGAAAUUUUAAAUUGCUCUCGGACCCAGCGUUGAUAAAAGGUGCUAGCAAAAUAUAUCGUUACGAUGGUGUGGUGGCAGCAGAUCAAGCGUAUUCUUCUGUACUACCAAGGGACCCGCGAAACCCAAUAGUUCGCAUGCGUGCAAAGCCGGUAGACCCCAUGAUCCUCAUCGUUCCACGUUUGAAGAUCGACCAAAAUUACGUUGGACAACCUCCGUUAAUCGAAAUUACUGUAACAAAUUUGAAUGACAAUAUAGAUCGGCAAUUUUUGGGAGGGAUGCUAAGUAAAUGUGGUCUCUACGAUGAGCUCUUAAUAUAUCACCAUCCGUCAACUAAUAAACACCUUGGUGUUGCACGCAUCGUGUUUGAAAAUUCAAAAGCCGCCCGGUUAUGUAUUGAAAAAUACAACCAAAAAUCUGUUAUGGGCAAGGUGCUAAGCGUCUUUCACGAUCCGUUUGGAAGAAUAUGUAAACAAACAAUAGAAAACCUUGCGUCAGGAAAAUCAAAGCAAGUUUCUAACGUAGGUAUUCCAGGUAAUAAUAUAUUUACAUCUCAACCAAGUAGUGGAAUGCUUCAAAAUACUUCGACACAUGAAACUCCAGAUUCUCAGCGUGUAUACCAAUCUGAAGAUGGUUUUAAUGCUGCCGCGUUACACGUAUAUCAAACUUUCCGAAAAGAUCGGGAUUUUUUGAAAAAUGAUGCUCACAUGUACAGGAGAUAUACGGGGAGUGAAUAUCAACAUCGUGAUUCCAGAAUUAAGGAACACAAAUAUUCGUCUGUAAGACCGGAGCGUAUAAAACAAUAUAGUAGACAGGAAUUUGACCAAGAUCACCUUAAAGAAAGAAGUAGAGAGCGUGGUGGUCGUCGAGAUCGAGAACGUGAUAGAGAUUACAAUAAAUUACGACACCGAGAACGUGACGUAGACAGACGUCGAGACCGUGAUACAUCCAGCGAACGCGAUUACCGCAAAAAAAGUGUCACAAGAUCAGAAAAAGAUCGGGAAAAAAAUAAAUGUCAUAAAAGAUUUCCAACACAAUCAGCAAGACAAUAUGAUUUGCAGGAUAAUUACAUUUCAAAUUUACCUCCUCCUGAUACAUAUUAUUUGCACCAUCAUGAAUCUUCGAUUCCACACCAAUCUGUGCAGUCUUUAGGGUCAUCAAUUAACAUUACAUCCGAGCAAACUUACAGAUAUUCUUCAUAUGGGUAUAAUACCGAGUCAUCUCAAAAUUCUUGGAUCGUACAAAAAAACUGGAAUGUUCCGCAAACUCCAGCACCGCCAUCGGUCGAAAUUCCGCCCCCUCCUCCCCCGGAUAGAACACCAAAUUGGGACGACCCAGAACCCCUGCCUCCAGGACAGUCCACUCCUGAAAAAUACGUAGAAUCGCAAAAAAUAAACAAACUAUCUCAAUCACCUGUCUGUGCAACAAAAGAAGAUUCUAUAUCGAUAGAUAAAAGUGAUAUAAAUGAGUCAGGAAACGUCGACUUGGAUACUCGAAUAGAAAUGAUGUUUAAACGAAAAUCGUUCGGAAAUGCUCCACCAUUUCUUCAAAUUGAUAGUAGUGAGUCAGAGGUUGAAAACUCCAAAGUAAAGCAUGAUAAUAAUGAAGUAAGUUCAGAGACUAAAGAAAAAACUAAAAAUAAAACAUCCGCACAUGUUAAAAGAAAUACAAAAAAGUCGUGUAUAUAUGAGCAAAACGAUGCUAGUGAUAUUUCUUCAAGUGAUGACGAAAUUCUCCUAAAAAAAGAAUCGUCAAGUCCAAUUCGAACGAACAAAGAAGAAGACCGGAUGUCUUUAUCAAGCCUUUCGUCUCACGAUGGUGCCCAACGCCGCGAAAAACCGCCUCCACCAAGUGCUAUCUUAGGAAAAAAUUCUACUUCGGCGGAACCAGUUGUAAGAUCAAAUUUUACAUCCUACUACUCUAAUCAUGAAAACGGGUAUUAUAAACAGAAUUUGGCUUACCCUUUACUUCAUACCGAUACUUCUACAUCACAUCAUUUUCCUAACCCGGCGUAUAUGCAUUCAACUUACAUGCCGGGUUUUGGAAGUAUGACUUACGGUUCAUAUAAUGAGGAGUUCGGUCAUUGUACUCAAACAUAUGCCAAUGAUAAUUAUAGAAUAUAUUCAAAUUAUGCCUACCAUCAAAAUGAUCCUUUCAAGAAACAAAUAGAUGCAGUGGUGGAGCGUGUGAGCAAUGAAUUAAAGCAGAUACUUAAACGUGAUUUCAACAAGAAAAUGAUUGAAAACACAGCUUAUAAAAAUUUCGAGUCUUGGUGGGAUGACCAAAUGCAAAAAAGUCGUCAUAAAGAAAGAAAUUCAGUGGUAGAUGAUAAGUUUACCAAAUCAAUAGCGGGACGGACUGAUAAAGCACCAGAUAUAAACCAGAUAAUUAAUAAUCAGUGCGAUAUAUCUGAUUUGUGUUCAUUUACUAGCCUUGGUCUUCGAGCGUCGAUUCCGAAAUUGCCAUCAUUUCGUCGUAUUCGAAAAGAUUCCAUUCCUCAGGCUAAGGAUGAUUAUGAAAAGCAUUUAAGUGAUCAAGAUGAAAUGGUUCAAGGUUCUGAUUCGGAAAAGGAUGAUGCUACUUCAGGCAUCAACACGCUUCGUAAUAAAAGUGAAAAGAUUGUUACCGUUUCAGAACUUUUGUCGAAUUCUGUUCGAAAAGCCAGCUCCUCUAGUUUUUCGUCUUCAACGUCUGAGGAGAGUAGUGAAGAGGGGCAGUCAAGCGAUGAAAGCGCCUUAUCUGAGGACGACUUCGGUUCGUGUUCUGAAAAUGAUUCUGCACGUGAGAAUGGAAAGUGUAACGUACUAAUGAAACAAAGAGCGCCAGAAAUUAGUUCUUGGAAAGAGGAAAGUAAAAAGUUAAAAAAGUCUACAGGCUUGAAAAACUAUAUUUAUUCAGAUAGUGAUGAGGAACAAAACAGCUAUCGAAAUAGGAAAGGAGAAAGCAAUACUGUAGGAUAUGUAAAACAGCCCAAAGUACAUGAAGACUUUUCCAUGACGGCCGAUUUAGAAGACAUUAGCAAAGACAGUACUAUAACGGUUGAAGGGGAAAGUGAGGAAAAGGGCAAUAAACUUGAAAGUGAUAAUUUAAGUGUCACCACUGAAAAUGAAGGUUGUACAACAUUCACACGCGAAUCAGUUCAAGACAAGGAUGCCGCAAAAUUAGCUAAAAACAUAUCUAAUUUUGAGUAUGACCGCAUAUAUAGUGACUCGGAGGAAGAGCGGGAAUAUCAAGAACGACGUCGCCGUAAUACUGAGUAUAUGGCUCAAAUAGAACGCGAAUUUCUCGAGGAGCAAGCCCUUAAACAGCGCGAAACUCAAAAUGAAAAGGAGAGUGCAGGAGACGGAAGACGGAAUCCAUAUACCUCAAAUGAUUUUUCAAUGCUAUCGAAUCAAGCUGAAAGUCAUACUAUAAAAAAUGUAUCGGAUAUCCAAAAAUCUACAUUAACUGCAGAAAGGACAGAAGAUAGUACCAAUUUGCUUGUCCAGAAAAACGAGAAGAGCGAGGUAAAGAGAGAUAUAACUUUUGCCAUUGCCUCCAGCAAAGAUAAGGAUGACGUAAAAUAUGAAGAAAAGCAGGGAAUAAAACGAAAAACACAAUCGAUUACUGUUUCUGUUCCUUCACAAAAUACAGCCUCGAAAUUGGGUGAAGUAUGCAACGAUCAGGAACUUAAAUUAUCGAAUGGAUUUGACAGAGAAAGAAGUACUAAGCUGCAUUAUGAAAAGUUGUCAACAAAACAAGAAUAUAGCGAAGAUGUGAAAAUGUCGCCAUCGUCUGAUGGUGGCUCAAGUCAAGCAAGUCAGGCUAGUCAAGUGGCUCUAGAGCAUUGCUAUUCAUUACCGCCACAUGCUGAUACAUCGAUGGGCCAUAACCUAGAACCAACUCAUAUUUACUCCAACGGAGAGAAUGCUACCGAAAAACAACAAAACUUGGCUCAUGACCACGGUGGUUAUGUAACUCUUACUUCUUCACAAAGUAACACAGAACUUUUUAUUUCGGAAGAACAGAUAGUCCAGCGGCAAAAUACAAGGCCUGGGCCUGGGCGUCCGCGAAAGGACUCUACAAGAGUUCGAAGAAAGAAUGGCUCAAAACAAAAAUCAUAUACGCUUAUUGCCGAAAAGAAGUCACUCCCUAAAGAAGUUUUAGUGCAAAAGUUGGCGUCACAGUCUAAAUUUAUUCCUUUGGAGCUCUUUAAAGUCCGUGAUGCCACCGAUGAGUUAAUGGUACUUUAUGAAUUUCUUACCAAAGGAAUUGACAUUGAAGACAUCGACUAUAUUCGAAAAAGUUAUGAGAUUCAUCUCCAAGAAGACACUUAUGGAUUUUGGUUGAAUAAUACUCAUUGGGUGGAUCAUUGUGUGACUGAUCGUUCAUUGAUCCCGCCUCCGGCAAAAAAACGAAAAAGAGAAGAUGAACUUAAGCGACAUAAAACUGGAUGUGCUCGCACAGAAGGUUACUAUAAAUUAGAUAUUAGAGAGAAGGCUAAACAUAAAUACCAUCAUGCGAAAUCUAGUGCAGAUAAUGCUUUAAGCAUUGAUCGUCUCGACGAUCAAUUAUUGCAAUCGCAUAAUAAGUUGAUAUCUAAAAUGCAAGGAAUUUCACGUGAAGCACGAUCAAAUCAAAGACGUUUGCUUACAGCGUUUGGCUCAAUUGGAGAGUCUGAAUUGUUAAAGUUUAAUCAAUUGAAAUUCCGAAAGAAACAACUUAAGUUCGCCAAGUCGGCCAUCCAUGAUUGGGGUUUGUUUGCGAUGGAACCAAUUGCGGCCGAUGAAAUGGUUAUAGAAUACGUUGGACAAAUGAUACGUCCUAUAGUUGCUGAUUUGCGGGAGACUAAGUACGAGGCAAUAGGAAUCGGCAGCUCAUAUUUAUUUAGGAUUGAUAUGGAAACAAUUAUUGAUGCCACAAAGUGUGGUAAUUUAGCUCGCUUUAUUAAUCACAGUUGUAACCCCAACUGCUAUGCUAAGGUCAUAACUAUAGAGUCUGAAAAGAAGAUUGUGAUUUAUUCCAAACAACAGAUAGGAGUAAACGAAGAGAUAACUUACGAUUAUAAAUUUCCAUUAGAGGACGAGAAAAUUCCUUGCUUGUGCGGAGCACAAGGCUGCCGGGGGACUCUCAAUUAAUCGCAAUGUUUUAGUUUUUAAUAUUACCUCAUUAAGUAACUAUAUGUAUAUGUAGUUGAAAUUCGUGUAAUAUGGUUUAGCGAUACUGCUCUACCCAAAUACCUUUCUUUUAGCAUUUGUUAAUUUGGUAAACUGUACUCUGCAGUGUAUGCUACAUUAAAAAUCUUGUUCCUUAACGAUGUAUAAAAUUCGUUUGGUUUCUGAA